AUGAAAGAACAUCAGCAAGAUCUUCGCAAAGAAGUUGCUGAUCAUGGGAGGCGAGAAUCUCAACUUUAUCAGGCAGGAGACCUUGUCCUGAUCACUAAUAAUGCCGAGAGUCAACCCUCCAAGGGGUUUUCGAAGAAGUUCGCACCUCGCCGUAUAGGACCAUUUAAAAUCAAGCGAGUAUUAUCUGCUACCACCUAUGAGGUAGAAGACAAUGAAGGUCGAAUUCGUGGUAAAUACUACAAUAGUUUGAUAACACUUUAUGGUGGAGAAUCGCAAGCAAUCACUGCGAAAAUAAGAGGAAGCCCCAAGUAA